GGCCGGCGGCGUGAGGGGAACAUGGCGGAGCGUGUCAAGAAGAGGCCUUGCGGUCCGGGUGAACACGGCCAAAGGGUCGAGUGGCGAAAAUGGAAGCAACAGAAGAAAGAGGAGAAAACGAAGUGGAAGGACCUCAAGCUGAUGAAAAAACUGGAGCGACAGCGGGCCCAGGAAGAAGAGGCGAAGCGCCAGCAGGAAGAAGAGGCAGGCGCACAGAGAGGGGACCAGGGUCGGCCCUACACCCUGAGCGUGGCCCUGCCAGGCUCCAUCCUGGACAACGCCCAGUCGCCAGAGCUUCGCACCUACCUGGCCGGGCAGAUUGCCAGGGCCUGCACCAUCUUCUGCGUGGAUGAGAUCGUGGUGUUCGAUGAAGAAGGCCAAGAUGCCAAGACCGUGGAGGGUGAAUUCAGGGGCGUCGGCAAGAAGGGGCAGGCGUGCGUGCAGCUGGCCCGGAUCCUGCAGUACCUGGAGUGUCCGCAGUACCUAAGGAAGGCGUUCUUCCCCAAGCACCAGGAUCUCCAGUUUGCAGGGCUUCUGAACCCCCUGGACAGCCCUCACCACAUGCGUCAGGAUGAGGAAUCCGAGUUCAGAGAAGGCAUCGUGGUGGACCGGCCCACCCGGCCAGGCCACGGGUCCUUUGUCAACUGCGGCAUGAAGAAGGAGGUGAAGAUUGACAAGAACUUGGAGCCUGGACUUCGAGUGACCGUGCAGCUGAACCAGAAGCAGCUCCCAGAAAGCAAGACCUACCGGGGUAAAGUCGUGUCUUCGCAGGACCCUCGCACCAAAGCCGGUCUCUACUGGGGCUACACAGUCCGCCUGGCCUCCUGCCUCAGUGCCGUGUUUGCUGAGGCUCCCUUCCAGGACGGGUAUGACCUGACCAUUGGGACAUCGGAGAGAGGCUCAGAUGUGGCCUCUGCCCAGCUGCCCAGCUUCAGGCACGCUCUCGUGGUGUUUGGGGGCCUGCAGGGGCUGGAAGCUGGAGUGGACGCCGACCCCAACCUGGAGGUGGCCGAACCCAGCGUCCUCUUUGACCUGUAUGUCAACACGUGCCCGAGCCAGGGCAGCCGCACGAUCCGCACCGAGGAAGCCAUCCUCAUCUCCCUGGCCGCCCUGCAGCCUGGCCUCACCCAGGCAGGGACCCGGCCCAGCUGAGGGUCCCGUCCGGCCCACGACAGCGGAGCAGCAGCAGGAAAGCCAGAGGUUCCUGAGGUUCCGCCAGCACAGACACGGCCACGACUUGUCUCCAAAAAU